AUGAGCACCUCCACCGACCAGUCGCCUGCGCAGCCGCCCAGCGACUCGCCGCAACCCGCCCACGACGACACCAGCCAUGCCGCGCCCGCCGACGCCGUAGACCCGCCCGCCGGCGACAUGCCGCCGUCGCCGCCGCCGCCGCCGCCCGUCAACCUGCAGGCGCUGACCGACCGCGCGCUGAAGUUCCUGUCGACCGCUACAAACGAGACGCUCGGUGCCUGCCUGGUGGGUCUGGGAGCUACGACCUACCUGGUGCUUGGAAGAGUCGGCCUCGUCCUCAUCGGAGUUGUCGGAGGCAUCGUGCUGCACGCCCAGUGGGAAGGCUCUCUCCAUGGCUUCCCCGACGAUGCUACCCGCGCCGCCGAAGACCGCCGCCGCAAGGAGAUCGGCCUUGACAUCAUCAAGAGGGUCAUGGACGUGCGCGCCCAGAGCAAAGACGCCCAGUCUUCCCGCCGGCGGGAUUCCGACGUUGAUAUCCAGCUCUUCUCGGGCAAGCAGCUGGACUACUCCGCAUUCCAGCCCGAGACCUCCGCCGCGCUGACCGACCUGACCGAUGCCAUCGUCCGCGACUAUAUCAACCACUGGUACGGUCCAAUCGUGCCCGCCGAAAUGGCAUUUCCGAAUGCGUGCCGCCAGACCUUGACGGCGUUCAUCCUCUCCGUUUCCAACCACCUCGCCCGGAAGCGUCCGGCAGACUUCUUCCUCGAGUACCUUACCAAUUCAUCCGCUAUCAUGAUUGUUUUCCUGAACGAACUGUCCGAUGCUAUCGGGAGCUCUCCGUCUUCAACCGCCGUCGAGGCGGUCCAAUCAUACCUGCGGCUUAAACCGGAAAGCAAGUUGGCGAACGUUUUGGAUAGAAAGCACCAGGAGAAGAAAUUCGAUGCUGUUGCGGAGGAUAUUUUGGAGAAUUAUUUGGAGCCAAAGACCUACAACUGCAAGCCGGCACGCAUAUUCCUGAGGCAAAUCCUUGCCAGGGUUGUCUUUGAGAUGGCCCUGACCACCAUGUCUAAGCCUGAAUGGAUCAAUGGCUGGAUAGUCUACAUGCUGGAGGAAGGCGAGCCCGAACUUAUGAAAGAAAUAGACGCUGGAGUCGAAGGUUCGAAGGGCAAUAAGCUCGAGGACGUUAAGAGCCAGGUAGAGGCCGCGGAGACUGUAGAGAAGGAGCAUGCGGGCGGAGCCCAGACCAAUGCAACGCACCGUCGGGUUGUCAGCAAAGCUCAGGAAGCUAUGGAUGAAGCGAUGAAGGAGGCCCAGCGGCUGACACAAAUGAUUCAGGAGGAAGAGGCAGCCAAGCCCCGCGACAAGGAUGAGACGAAGCUGGAUAGAAAGAAAUCCACUUCAGGACUCAGCGAUGAGGUCUCGGAUGGCACAACGCAGGAAGCGUUCACGCCGACGUCAUCCCAGAGCGAUCAGAAUGAGGAGCGUACCCAGUCUCUCCACGACUCGGUCAUUGGAAAGACCAGCCUGCAGGAAUCUUCGAAGGUGAGAGAUCCAACAAGCGAUUCAGUCCGAAAAUCUUCAUCGGACGAGGAAAAGUCGCCCAAAUCCACGUCAACAGCACCAAAGCAGGCGUUCACCAGCUUCGACCAGAUUGUCACCUCGCCCACUCCAACAGCCCUGGGCGGACGCCCCCAGAGCGUCAGCAAACCGCCGCCUUUGACGCUGCACAACGCAAGCAUUUCCAUGUUCGACGACUCUCUUCCUGGAGACAAGUCUAUAGUAAAAUCGAAGCCGGUGGGCGACUACUUCGUCCAGAUCGAACCUGCCAUUCAUGCCUACUCUGGCUGGAUGAUAUCCAGGAAAUACGCGGAUUUCGAGACUUUGCAUGAGGUCCUACGGCGGAUAUCCGUCGUCUCCGGGGUUGGAUUCACAGAAUCUCAUCCGAGCCUGCCUGCGUGGAAGGGCCACACCAAGAACUCGCUCCGUGGGGAACUGGAAAGGUACCUGAAUGAUGCUGUUCGAUGGCAGCCGCUGGCCGAGAGCGAAGGCCUAAAGAGGUUCCUCGAAAAGGACACGGGCAUUCCGGGAGUGAACAAGGGAUUCGGUUGGCCAACUCCGUCCGCAUUCGAGCAGAUGGGCAAAGGCAUGUUUGACACUUUGUCCAAGGCUCCGAACCAGGCUGCGGCUGGUGGCAAAGCAAUCUUCGGCGGUGUCACUGGAGUAUUUGGCAGCUUGGGACCCAAGAGGAAGAGCAUGGCCAACCCUCCGACCAACAGCAACAAGGCGGAAGAGGCGCCCGCGACAAACAGGCACAGGAGAGCAGAAAGCACCGUUUCCGAGCUACCCAACUCCUCCCACUUGAGGUCCGAGAGCAUUCUGUCCACCAGCGGUAGACGAAGCACAGACAGUGUUCGCAGUCCCGUUGGCCGUCGCAGUCAAGAGAGCAUUCGCAGCCUCCCAGUCGUCGAUCAGCAACCGGCCCCCAUUGCUCAAAUGGAACGCCGGCCGAGUUACAACCCAGAGGACACUGAAAACAAGCCUCGGCCGAACUCGUCGAGGUCUUCGGUUUAUGGAAGCAGGACACACAGCCGCAAUCCGAGUAGAGCACCAUCUCAAAGAGAAAGUCUGGAUAUCUCACCACUCAUGGGUGGCGAUCAGAUCCUCAACCUUCCCCCUCCACCAUCCGACAUCUCGGAUUCUUACGGUGAACCCCCGAGUCCGGAACGAGAGCGGAAGCGCGGCAGUCGAAGCGAGGAGUCUAGGCGCCUUUCAAGGGCUUCAACGGCUAGGGAGUCCAUGCUCAGCGAGUCCGGCCGGGGGGUCAGCCCGCCCAAGUUUACACGCGCGCAGACGGACCCUGGCAAAGCAAGGGCCGAGUCUAAGCUAAAAGCACCGCUAAACGAGAACGAGACGCAGAUGGCGGUAGAGCUUUUCUUCGCCAUCAUCAACGAGCUUUAUACCCUUUCUUCAGCCUGGCAGAUCCGGAAAACUCUUCUCGGAGCUGCCAAAACGUUCCUUCUUCGACCCGGAAACCCACAACUGGAGAGCAUCCGCGUCCUCCUACAAGACACGGUGCUGGAGGCAAACUCGUCCGACGCGGGUAUUGCAUCGCAUCUUCAAAAGUUGCGGUUCAACACCAUGCCCACGGAAGAGGAGAGGAAGAAAUGGCCUGUGCCGAUGAGCGACGAGGAGAAGGAGAAACUCCGCGUCAAAGCCCGCAAGCUGCUCGUUGAACGCGGCAUGCCUCAGGCGCUCACGAGCGUGAUGGGCCAGGCAGCGAGCGGAGAGGCUCUCGGCAAGGUGUUUGAUUGCCUGCAAGUUGAAGACGUUUCUAGAGGAUUCAUGUUUGGACUGCUUCUUCAAGCGGUUAGGGCAGUGACGGCAUAG